AUGAGGGGAGCCGGGCCCUCCCCGCGACAGUCCCCCCGCGCCCUCCGCCCCGACCCUGGCCCCGCCAUGUCCUUCUUCCGGCGGAAAGUGAAAGGCAAAGAACAAGAGAGGACUUCAGAUGUUAAGUCAACUAAAGGCGUUAGACAAAACCUGUGGCUGUUGAAGUGAACAAAAAGACUUGGAUCCUGCCCUCAUUGAAUGUACAGAUUUGGAGGGAGAGGAACGUUAAUCGAAUGAUUCCAAAAUGACUUGGGUUAGAUUAGUAGUGAUGGUAAUAAAAAGAUCUGGACAGAUCAAUUUAGGUGAUAAAGUGGAUAGAACUUUGUUAUUGAUUAAACGUGAGAUGUAAAGGGGAGGGAGGUUUAAAGUUGAUACCUACUUUUUUUAGCUUGCCUAACAAAGUGACUGGUGGAGAACCAAGCUGGGAAUAUGUCCAGUUUGGUAUGUUGGGUGGGAGAUACUUUAGAGACAUUCAUUUACAUAUGUUAUCUAACCACACAGUAAUUCGAGAAUCUGAAAUACUGAGUGAUUUUUUUAGAGUAUAACAGACCAAAGUUGAAAUCUUGCCUGUUGAAAUGACUCUUUACUAGCUCAUUGACUUAGGCAAAAUACUUGACUUUUUUCUGUUUGUGUCCUCAUUUCAAAAAUGAGGAAAAUACUGGUCUUGCAAGAUUGUUGAGAGAAAUAAUGUAUUCCCAAAAAUGUACAUUGAGAAACCAGUACAGUGCUUGGUACAUAGUAGGUACCACUUUGGUAGCUAUUAAUAUCUUAUUUUAACAGUAGGCCCUCAGUUGGUUAAGUGAAGUGAAGGAUUGCUCAAACUUAAGAGAAAUUUGAGAUCAAAUGAUUUUUUAAGUAUAGGGAAGACUUCUUAGAAAUGAGACUUCAUUGUAUAAAAGUUGAAUUAUAAGAAGGAUUUGGAUGAAAGAAGUGGUUCUUUUUCCCCUGUGAGCCCAGCUUCUUCCUUCUUUAAGUAUAUACUGGGCAGUUUAGGCAAAACAGGCAGCCAUUCACUGAAACCUUUUGAAGAGGAUACUGAUGUUUUACAAAUGGCAUUUAUGAAAGGUGAGCCUGGAAGAGUUAUAUAACCUGGAAGAGUUAAAUAUAUUUUGCUAUAUUAUCGAAGGACCUGUACAAAGGUGUACUGUUGAAAAUGAAUAGGUAAGUAGACGUUUAAACAUCUUAAAAGCAAAUAAAUCUUGGCAAGUAAACAGACAUAGUGAAAAAGAAUGAGUCCAGGAUUUUGAGCUUUGGAGACUUAGUGGAAUCAACAAAGACGGAAAUUGAGAAGAAUUAGUUUGGAAGACGAUAUGAUGUUUGAGAUUUGGACAAAUUGGUUUUGAGAUGGUAAAGUCAAAGUGAGAAUUGCUAGUAGUAAAUAUUAGAGAUCCAGAACUGAACUCCGGAUUAAAGGACAGGUCUGAGAUGCAAGUCAGGGGUUUCCCAUCUGGGUUCUAGUUCCAUGGAGCCACACCCUGUGAGCUGUUGCCAAGGGGGUCCAUAUCUAGGGCAUGUGUGAGAAUUUCCCCUUGAUCAGCCAGAGUUACUGUUAAUUAUUCUUUAUCUAUUUUAGAUAUCUCUUAUCUAGUUUCAUCUAUUUUACAGACAUAUCAGAGUCCCACUUAAGUUUAUUUUGGGGGGGACACUUACAAGUUAAAAAAAGUUUUAAAAAAGAUUGCUCUAGUAAUAAUUGAAUAUUUGAGAAUAAAUGUGCUUUCUAACAGAAAGAAUAAAAGAAAAGAACCUUAAAAAAAAAAGAAGAGGAACAGAGAAUCUUAGGAAGAAAAGUGUCAUGAAAGUUGACCCUAUCUGACACAGUGGCAUUUAAUAAAUGUGUGCUAAAGAAUGAGGGAGGAAGAGAUGGAGGAGGAAAUGGAGUGGAGUGUAGUGCCACAGAGACCAAAGGAAGUUAGAAUAUCAGGAUGAACAUGUAAAAUAAGUUGUGAGUUCUAAUAGAGAAGAAAAGAAAAAAGCCUUACACAAAUGAAUUAAUAGCAUUUUAUAUCAUUAUACACAUCUAUUAGGAAACAGUUUUUUAUGGAAUGUUGUCUCACUGUUCUCACAGCACGUUAUGUGUAGCUUUUUGUCUAUACAAAAAAACUAGCUAUUAUUGUUUCUAAACUUCUGAAAUUAUUUUGCUCCCUUCAAUGUAUCAUGAAAAUAAAAAUAAAAACAAAACACGACUUCUUUCUAAAACUGAAAAAAUCAUUUGAAGAUGACUCCAUUCCAUAAUUUGGCCAACUCUUGUUGAAAGAUAAAUAUAGAUACCUGGAAAACAGGUAUGGACAUUCAUGUUCUUAUCUGCUCUAUCCUAUAAACACAGCUCAAAGAGUUAUAGAUUGAAUUACAUAGUAUGCUUCAUCAAAAAUAUCUAGUCUUACUCAGAUUCUUUGUCUGGAAACUGUUUGCUAAGAUUGAGAGCACUAAGCUGCUGACUGCUCAAUAAAAUUAAGUUGUGCUAGGAAAUAGAAGUUCAGUUAAUCUUAGAGUAUUUAUUUUGAGAGUGUGGAAUGCUAACUGCUCAUUUCUGUCCUGAUUGCUACAGCAGUGUGUACUAAACUAAAACUUCUUAAUAUUAUUUAAUAAGGGUCAUUGAUAUUUGUGUGGGAUAAAUAAGAUGGAUAGGUAGAAUGUUAAUUUAGCUGUAGUGCAAGCUCAUAGGGUUACUUUGACAGUAUUGUUAUAUUGGAUCAUUUCCUAGUAACACAUUGGUAACUAGCUUCUUCGUUCUGAAGUCAAAAGAAUAUUUCUUCAGACUACUAAAGGGAAUACAUUUUGUGAAUUUUUAAGUGUGCUUUAUCUCUAAGCAGCUUGAACUUUGACCAUAAAUGUUUUUCAUUAGAUGAAGAAAUUGCUAUUCAAUUAAAAAAUAAAUUUUCUAAAGAGUGUUUUUCUUGUUUUCCCCCCUAAACUUUUAUUCUGUAAUUUUAGUUUUGUUUGCUGGACACGCAAGGAUUAGGAGUUGAAAAGAGUCCAUAUUUCAGAAUGCUUCCUGGCUUUGGUACUUUGUAUCCUAUUUAAUAAAAGUUCUAAGACCUCUCUCUUAAGUUUCACUUUAGGCAGAGUAUUUUGAGAGUUAUAAAUAAUAAUAGGGCUUUUCUUUCCAGUUUUCUGCUGCUCAAUUAAUUUACUUUUCCCUGUUUUUUUUUUUGAGUAUGCAUACUUGAGAAGUGUUAAAAUUUAACUUCUAAAGUUCUCUUAAAGCCCUUUUAUGAGGCAGUUUGAACUAUCAUAUUGCAUUUAAUUUUUAACAAUUUUUUUAAAAUUAUAGCUUCAAUAUCUGUACAUUCCCCACAAAAAUGCACUAAAAAUCAUGCCUUGCUGGAGGCUGCAGGACCAAGUCACGUUGCAAUCAAUGCCAUUUCUGCAAACAUGGACUCCUUUUCAAGUAGCAGGACAGCAACCCUUAAGAAGCAGCCAAGCCACAUGGAAGCUGCUCAUUUUGGUGACCUGGGCAGGUCUUGUCUGGACUACCAGACUCAGGAGACCAAAUCAAGUCUUUCAAAGACCCUUGAACAAGUCUUGCAUGACACUACUGUCCUCCCUUAUUUCAUUCACUUCAUGGAACUUCAGAGAAUGGAGCAUUUGGUUAAGUUUUGGUUAGAGGCUGAAAGUUUUCACUCUACAACUUGGUCCCGAAUAAGAGCACACAGUCUGAACACAGUGAAGCAGAGCUCACUGGCUGAGCCUGUCUCUCCAACUAAAAAGCACGAAACUACAGCGUCUUUUGUAACUGAGUCUCUUGGCAAGAGGUUGGAGGAUUCUAGCUCAGCCCAAUUGCUUAUGACUCAGUCAGAAGGAAUUGACCUGAGUAACAGAACUAGCAAAACUCAGAAGCACUUGCUGCUUUCCCAGGAAUGUGACAGUGCCUGUCCUUUCCAUCUUGAAAUGGCCAAAACAGGAACUCGUCAAGUUACCAUGGAAACUCAAGAAUCCUCCUCCAGACUUACAGUAGCCAGUAGAAAUAGCCCGUCUUCUCCACUAAAGGACUUAUCAGGAAAACUAAUGAAGAGUAUAGAAAAAGAUGCAGUGAAUACUUUUACCAAAUAUAUAUCUCCAGAUGCUGCUAAGCCAAUCCCAAUUACAGAAGCAAUGAGAAAUGAUAUCAUAGCAAAGAUUUGUGGAGAAGAUGGACAGGUGGAUCCCAACUGUUUUGUUUUGGCACAGUCCAUAGUCUUUAGUGCAAUGGAGCAAGAGCACUUUAGUGAGUUUCUGCGAAGUCACCAUUUCUGUAAAUACCAGAUUGAAGUGCUGACCAGUGGGACUGUUUACCUGGCUGACAUUCUCUUCUGUGAGUCAGCCCUCUUUUAUUUCUCUGAGUACAUGGAAAAAGAGGAUGCAGUGAAUAUCUUACAAUUCUGGUUGGCCGCAGAUAACUUCCAGUCUCAGCUUGCUGCCAAAAAGGGCCAGUAUGACGGACAGGAGGCACAGAAUGAUGCCAUGAUUUUAUAUGACAAGUACUUCUCCCUGCAAGCCACACAUCCUCUUGGAUUUGAUGAUGUCGUGCGAUUAGAAAUUGAAUCCAAUAUCUGCAGGGAAGGUGGGCCACUCCCUAACUGUUUCACAACUCCAUUACGUCAGGCCUGGACAACCAUGGAGAAGGUCUUUUUGCCUGGCUUUUUGUCCAGCAAUCUUUAUUAUAAAUAUUUGAAUGAUCUCAUUCAUUCAGUUCGAGGAGAUGAAUUUCUAGGAGGGAGUGUUUCACUGACUGCUCACAGCUCUUUGGGCCCCCCUGAUGACUCUCACCCAGGUGGUUCCGACAGCUCACUUUCUCAGUCCAGUAUGAAAAAAGCCAGUGUUAAAAUUUUAAAAAAUUUUGAUGAAGUGAUAAUUGUUGAUGCUGCAAGUCUGGAUCCAGAAUCUUUAUACCAACGGACGUAUGCAGGGAAGAUGACAUUUGGAAGAGUCAGUGACUUGGGGCAAUUCAUCCGAGAAUCUGAGCCUGAACCUGAUGUAAAGAAGUCAAAAGGAUCCAUGUUCUCACAAGCAAUGAAGAAAUGGGUACAAGGAAAUACUGAUGAGGCCCAAGAAGAGCUAGCUUGGAAGAUUGCUAAAAUGAUAGUCAGUGAUGUUAUGCAACAGGCGCAGUGUGAUCAACCAUUGGAGAAGUCUACAAAGCUAUGACUCAAGACUUGAGAGAAAGGAAAUCUGCUUUUGAAAAAUAAGAGAACAUUUUUCCUUUGGUUGGAUUCUUCAACACAGCCAGUGAAAACAAAGCACUGUAUUUCUUUCACAGAUAUAUCACUCUUGUUCCCAAGAAAGAACAGCAGACAAUCUUAGACCUCCACCAUAAGCAGAGUGACAUGUAGACAUAUUUGCUGCACAUGAUGUUCACACAGUGGAAGUCAAAGAGACAAAGUGGUAUUGUUUACAUUACUAGAAAAUUAUUAGUUUCCAAUGGCAAUAACCCAUUUAUGAAAGAGUUCUAGUCCACUGGAAUAGACAGGGACCACAUACUGUGGGAGGCAGGUGAGCAUGGAGCUGGUGUUUGAUGCACAAUCUGUAGCAACGACCCAUCCCCACCAGCGUCAUAAAGGUGGUGCUGAGGUGUUUGUUUGGCCUCCAGGAGCGGGCAGAGCGACAGCGCGCUCUUAAGUGGGGGUCGCAGGCCCAUUAUGCAGUUCGCCUUCACAGAGGCAUUAAUUAGGGAGGAAGCUGCCAGGGCAUGUGCAGGUCACAGUGACAUUGUCCUUCCCUUUGGUCACAGUAUACAAUUUUCACAUUUUAAUUGCUCCUGAGAUGCAGUAUACUAAAACCAGUGUGUCCCCUGCUAACAAAAGGGUUAUCUCCUUUAAUUUGAGCACUAGGCCUUGUUCUUCUGGAAUUUUGUGCUCCAACUUACUUAAAUUUCCCUUCAGAGUAUAUGUAGAAAGGAAUAAAUAAUAAUGAUCACUCCAGUUUUUCCUCGUAAUACCUUAGACUAAAUGUCGAUUCCCAGAUUGUAUGAGUUUUUUUGAAGAAGAAGGUGGACAGGCAGAGGCUGCAUAGAGGAAAAGCAACCAACUCUGCCUGCCUCCCCUUGGCUGUGAGCUGGGAAGUGUGCAUCUGGGGGCCUCUUUUUUCCUUUGUCUUUGGGACUGUGGGCGACCCCCUCACUGUACUUUCUCUUAGUUGGCUUCUGGAUCCGGCCCGUGCCUCCAUCAUGGGCCUACACCAUUGGUGAGCACACCCCACUAGCCAGCUAGUGUUGGUGCUUCCUCACCAGGUGUGACUGUUUGAGGGGAAAGAACAUUUUCUUAGGUGUUAGUGCUUUUGCUCAGACUUUGCAAA